AUGUCGUCACUUUUUGUCAAGGAUGAGUCUGAUGAUGAAAAAGAGAUCGAAGUGAAGGCCGAACAAUCAGAUGAGAUGGAUGUUGACAAAGAAGUUUCAGGCAAUAAAGAAAAGACUAACGGUGAAGAAAUAGACAUCGAGGAACCCGAGUCAGAUUUAUUUGGACAGCGAAAUGAAAAGGAUGAGGAAGACGAUCCAGUAGUGGAAGAAAUUCCAAUUCACAUGAACCCAGACAUUGCAGAGAAGUUACAACUACUAUUGUUACAAUAUACGACGAGAUCGAACAAGGCAGGGAAAUACGAACCGGGAGGCGAGCUUCCAAAGCAGUUUCAGUAUAAGGAGAGGUCCGAUGUUGUGGAAGUUGAGCUUCCAUUUGAUGAUACGAAGUUUUUCAGCAAGGAGAAAGCAGACAAGUGGGAUAAAAUCAGAGGAGAGCGACUUCGAGGUGUUGUGUGCAAGAAUGACAAUUGUAAGUACUUUAUGGGACGCGUUGGUACGGACAAGGAGCUACACUUAGUACCAGUGAAUGGAGGAACGGCACAAAUGAGGCCAGAUUUCAGAUAUAUAGAUGAGUUAAAGCUUCGAAAGCUGAAAGAGGAGGCUGAGAACGAGAAGAAGAGCUUGAGGCCGGAACUAUUGCGUGAGGAGGAGAAAAAACCGACGAUAGCAUCGAUGCAUGUGGUGCAGAUGACGGCAAAGUCGUCAAACAGAGCUGCUCCACGACUUGGAGGUGCUCUCAGGAGUGAAAAAAUUGAAAAUGAAGAAAUUGCAAAGAACUUCGAGUAUUUGGGUCAGAAAAGCUAUGAUUACAAGGCAAUGGAGGGUGAAAUAGAAGGAGCUGGGCACGAGGAUAAGGAGCUCCGGCCUACAGAGACAUCCUCUGAGUAUUUCGGGAAGUUGAUGGGGAUGAUUGGAGCUUAG